AUGGAAAGCGAGUCGGGUGGAUUGCGAUGCUUUUCAGAAUUUGACGUAUCGUUCCCGUCACCUGCAUUACCCGUAUUGUCAGAACUAAGCUUCCCGAAUCGCUCCCGCACUUCCGCCCAGGCGCGCUUCUCUCCUGCUGUCGAGCAAUUGAUAUUCCAGGGAGGCUUUCCUCAAUCAUUGCGCUUCGGCUCAGACGGCAGGCAAGAAGGUUUGCUGGGCAAAGUCGAUCCUAACCGCAAUACCCGGGCAACCAACGCCAAUACCACGAUACAUGGAUGUGACCCGCUUUGUUACCUGACGCCAGCCAAGCAAAAGAAAGAGCUUUUGGACGAACCCAAAGCUUCGUCUUGCUCUUCUCCUCCUCUCCUCUUCUUCCACCGCUCGUCCAGUUCGGUGUCGCAUCGUGAACCACUGCCUUUGGCUCGUUUUAUAAACGUCGUUGGCAUCCCCUCCGCUCUGAGUUCGACUCAAUUCAGUCCCUGCAGCCCUGUCAAUCGAGGUCCUCCCGUCUCGCGGCUUCAUAGACUUGUUUCCGUCAUAUUCCGCUUGGCGUUUCUCCUCGGAAUACCUCCUGUUGUCACUCCGUUUACUCUAGCUCUGACCGCCGUUUCCAUCACAUCUCUGCCUCCUCCAUCACACCCCACAAUGGCCGCCAUCAGCAAGUUGAUUAUCCGCGACGACGUCGCACAUCAAUUGGUCAAGCGCGCGAACUUUGCCAGCAGAAACCCUGGCGUCAUCCUCGUUUUUUGCAUCGUCGGCAUUGUCGGAAUCGGUCUUGCUGCUCUUUUCAUCCACCGCAAAUGGCUCGCUCGCCGUGCUGCUCGCACUGGCGUUUAA